CAAAACGUUACGUGCUCGAUAAAAGCUAAGGGCAUCUUAGACACAUCCAAUGAUUUCAGCGAUCCGCGACAGCCGUCCACGAUGCGCCUCACAGCAGUACUCUUGGGCCGCAAACCCCUCAUCCACAUCGUCAUGGCUUCCAGCGUUGCCGACGUCCUGGCCGUGACGCGCUACAAUGCGAAGCAAUGGGAGACCUUUAAAGUAACCCUCUCCUACCGGCCCUCGCAAACCUAUUCGACCCUCCGUAUUGAUAGUCCUAUGUAGUCAGUAACGGCGUCGGUUGCGAAAUCGCUCCACGGCGAUACGUUGUCGCCAAGCAAACGCGAACCCAAGACAUGGCGUGCGCUGCCCGCA